ACUCAAAGUGUUGUUCGUUGUGCAUUCACGCUCCGUAUCCGGGGCUGACACUAUGCCCGCUGCCAACUUUAAGUAGUGUUAAUCCUUUCCGGGGCCCUACGGGGUGCUGCGGGCCGGUGAAGUGGUCUGGGCGACACCUGGCCUCGCAGCAGAAGGAGCACCUCGGGCUGCGCGCGCCUGGCCGGAAGCGGCCACCGCGAAAUCUGUUGGGCGGGGCGCACGGCCCGGCACGCAUGCUCUGUCGGGGCGGGGCCGCAGCGGGGCGGGGCCUCGGGAGCCUCCAGUCCGUGAGCAGCGCGGGUCUGGGCGGGGCCGGAGCGCGCGGGAAGCCCCGGCAGGGUGCUGCCUCGGUGCUGCGCAAUGGCUGUCUCGGUCCCCGGCUACUCGCCCAGCUUCAAGAGGCCGCCUGAGGUCGUGCGGCUCCGCCGGAAAAGGCCUCGGGACCAUGGUACCGCCGUGUCCUCCGCACUGCCGGAGCCCGCGCUCCGCCGCGCCGCGCUGGCUGCUGGGCUGCCCUUGCGUCCCUUUCCGACCGCGGGCGGCAGAGGAGGCGCCACCACUACCAUCGCCCGCAGGAACCCUUUCGCCCGCCUGGACAACCGGCCACGGGUGGCCGACGAGGCCCCCGAAGAGCCGCUCCGCGGUCCUCAAGGAGCGCCGGGCCCGCUUCUAGAUUCUAAUGGAGAAAAUAACUUGCUGUGGGAGGAGGCAUCUCAUGAAAGAACUGUCACGGAACUGUCCCAGAGUCAACAGGUAACCUUGUCUGAAUCGGACACUUGGUCUUCAGAUGGUACUGAGUUACCUGUGGACUGGAGUAUUAAAACCCGCCUCCUUUUCACCUCUUCUCAACCCUUUUCCUGGGCAGAACAUUUGAAAGCACAGGAAGAAGCCCAAGGACUUGUCCAGCAUUGUAGGGCAACAGAAGUUACAUUACCACAGAGUAUACCGCAGACCCUGGUCUACUGGCUUCACCCUGCCUUUUCAUGGCUGCCACUCUUCCCUCGAAUUGGAGCUGAUAGAAAAAUGGCUGCAAAGACAAGUCCAUGGUCAACGGAUGAAAGCCUGCAGCAUGCUUUAAUGAGUGACUGGUCUGUGAGUUUUACGUCUUUAUAUAACCUGCUGAAGACGAAGCUUUGCCCCUAUUUCUACGUUUGUUCCUAUCAGUUUACGGUCCUGUUCCGGGCAGCAGGAUUAGCAGGAAGCAGUGUGAUCACAGCGCUCAUCACCCCUACAACUAGAGGCUUAAGAGAAGCUAUGAAAAGUGAAGGUAUUGAAUUUUCUCUGCCUUUACUAGAAGAGAGUGGUCAUAAGGAGAAAGUUCGAGAACCAAGCCUGGAAUCUGAGGAGGAGCAGGCAGUCAGUGACGAAGAUGAAGAGGAAAGUUUGUCUUGGCUGGAAGAGAUCGGUGUGCAGGAUCAAAUUAAGAAGCCAGACUUGAUCUCUGUCAAGCUGCGUAAAGAAAAACAUGAAGUACAGAUGGAUCACCGACCAGAGUCUGUCGUACUGGUGAAAGGACUCAAUACCUUCAAACUGCUCAACUUUUUGAUCAAUUGCAAGAGUUUAGUUGCUACCUCAGGCGCACAGGCAGGUCUCCCACCCACUCUCUUAUCCCCAGUUGCCUUUCGAGGUGCCUCAAUGCAAAUGCUUAAGGCACGAAGCAUUAAUGUAAAGACACAAGCUCUUUUUGGAUACAGAGAUAAGUUUAGUUUGGAGAUCACAGGUCCUGUCAUGCCUCACGCUUUGCAUUCUGUGGCCAUGCUACUCCGAUCUUCACAGAGAGGCUCAUUCUCUGCGGGAUUGUAUGCACAUGAGCCAACUGCCGUAUUCAAUGUUGGCCUACCACUGGAUAAGGAACUGGAUAGAAAAGGUGCUCAUAAGGACCUUGCUAACUGUGGGCUGCACCCUAAAACCCUGGAGCAGCUCAGUCAAAUGCCAGUGCUGGGGAAGUCAUCCUUGCGGAAUGUGGAAAUGAGUGACUACAUUGUAAAUUGGAGAUCCUGAACGCCAAAGUAAGCCUAAAGGAAUCUGAGGAAAAAGCUUCCUAAGCAAGGAAAUUCAAGAUUGUAGGCCUCUGGCUUUUAAAGUUCAUUUGGAAGAAUAUAUUUUAAAAUACUGAAAUGUUCCUGAACAUUUUUAUACUAACUUAUUACAUGCAAUAGUGUUAGGUUUUAAAUCAGCAUUUUGGUUUUAUUAUUUUCAUAUAUUUUUAGAGAUGAAGAUGCAAGGUGCUUCCUUAAAACCUCAGAUAAUUCAAAUGAGAAUUCUACCCCUGCAACUCACUGUAACCAGAAUGGAGUCGGUGCUUUAUUACAAAUGAGAACUUGAGAUUACCUGUAGCAAUUAUUCCAUUGAGACUAAUUGUCAGAACAAAAAGUAUCUAUAUUGUAUCUUAGACUAGCUGUGAGUUCUCUGAAGUCCUAGGGAAAUCAGCAUUACUAAUAAGUUCUACUUCCCUGUUCUCAAGACUGUUCAGUCACAUGUGUCAAGUCCAAGGGCAGGGUACUUUGUACUUCAUCUCAAUGUUGGGUGCUCGGUCAUGUCAACUUACUAUUUAUUUAGUAUGCUUACAGUUAAUCUGUGUUUGCAUGUGUGUAUAUAUAAAAUCAGUAUUUUUGAAUAAACGUGCAGAGAAAUCACAA